AUGUAUCUCCGCAGGGCGGUCUCCAAGACGCUGGCGCUGCCUCUGAGGGCGCCCUUCGGCCCCGCGCCGCUCCGAAAGGACGCAUCUCUUCGCUGGAUGUCGUCUAAUAAAUUGCCUGGAUCAUCUGGAUCAAAUAUGAUCUAUUAUCUGGUUGUAGGUGUCACAGUCAGUGCUGGUGGAUAUUAUACUUACAAGACGGUCACAUCAGAGCAAGCCAAACACACGGAACAUAUAACAAAUUUGAAAGAAAAAACCAAAGCAGAGUUACAUCCACUUCAAGGUGAAAUAGAGAAGGUGGCGGGAGCUGAGAAAGCAAGUUCAGAAGUGUGUGAAGCAUCUUUCGCGGAAGUUCCGGAGGUAGAUGCGGAAGACAGUUCAGACGCUCCAGUUGCAACCAUAGAGGAGGCUUCAGCCUCUCCUGGGGAUGCGGAGGCCGCUGCGGCAGAGACCGGCGCGGUCAGUGCUGAAGCUGGGCCAGAGGUGACCGCCGCAGCCCUGGGAGCCACCGCACAAAGCAGCGCUGAAAUGGCCUCAGAGGCUCAGAAUGCAGCUUCGCAUGAAACGGUUGCCAGAAAUGAUGAUAAAGGGACAACGGAGCAGGAAAGCUCUGGUGAAAGUGCUGAACGAGAAGAAGAAUCCUCCCGUUGA